AUGUACGAGUCCUUGCAAACUCUAAUAGAGCGAGGACACGCAAGACGUCUCGGCCAUGUGGAAAAUUAUUUUGUACUCGCUCAGCGUCAGGAUUUGUAUAGAGUUUUCGCGUACUACGGAGAAUUCGGAGAGCCAUGCUCCUUGCGUCAAUUGACACAAGCCCUCAGAUCUAUGUGUUUACAACAGCCUGUGCUGCUAUGCCAAGUCAAGCCACAGGAGCGGCCUGACCUCGAGCUUUACUACAGAAGCGAAGAAUAUCUGUCAACGCCAGGACAAGAUCGCGAUUACAUCGCGUUAGCGAACAAGGUGCGGAUCUCGGAUGUCUUGAUCAACAACCAAACAGAGUAUGCAGAAGUCAUGCAUAAGGUUAUGGAGGAAUAUGAAGCUAAUGGCCACAACUUUACAAGCAAGAUAUUUGAGAUUCUCGCGCCGAUUCGGAUCUCACACACAGAUCCAAACAAACUGAACUGGAGGCUCCUUGCACUUCCCGGAGAAAUCCCAGGUGAAUGGAAUAAGUUUGUGUUUCUUUCAAACCACAUUUUAAAAGAUGGCUCCUCUGGCGCUCACUUUUUCAUUGAUCUUAAGGAUAGUUUGAACUCUUUGCCAUCUGACUUACAAGAUACAGACAGAAUAUUCGAUUACAAAAGUGACUAUAAAUUUGUGAAAGAAAUCCCGGUACCUAUCGAUGAAGUACUUGAUUACAAGCCUAACUUGAAGCAAAUUGCAAAUGUCUUUUCAACACAACUUGUUCGAGAAAAGUUGGGAUACCUCUCACCGGCACCGACGAUAACGCGCUACACUGAUGCAGAGAACAAUACGAACGAAUAUCACACUUGCUUUAUAAAUUUUACGCCAGAAGAAGUUGAUAGCAUCAAAAAAAAGAUAAAGGAUCGCGCGGGCCCUUCUUGCACGAUGACUCCAUUUUUGCAGGCUUGCUGGCUGGUGUCCUUAUACAAGUCGGGCAAAGUUUUCACGAAGUCUUUCAAGGAAUGGUUCGUGGACAUGAUGAUCCCGAUGUACACCCCGCAAAUGCUCUCAGACGGCGAACAGACCCGCGCUGACUACAGAUACGGCUGUAACGUAGGAGGGACGCGUUACAAUUAUCUCAUCUCCUCUCUAAAUGUGGGAAAUAAUUCCAAGAAGUUUUGGAAACUGGUUUCUUAUUACAACGAUGUAUUCCGCGACAGCAAAGCCUCGAACAGCUACUUGUAUCUAAUCGGAAUGAUCAUGUUGGAUCCUGCUUGGAAAGAAAAGAAUCUGGACGCCACUGUCCUUCAAAAUCUUUUGGGACGUCACCGCCAGGGCACUGUGCUAAGCAACGUAGGAUUUUUUUCGGUGAACGGAGAACCCCAGGAUGCUUUUCACUUGAAGAAUCUACUAUUUACACAGACUGUAGGUAGUUAUACAUUUGCAUUCAAUCUCAACGUCUGCUCUACGGACGUGGCAGGAAUGAAUGUAGGCGCAAGUGUGUCGAAGGGCACCUUGCCCACGAGAAACGACUGGGAAGAGUUGUGCGAGAUCUUCAAGACGACCGUUCUCCAGAUGUGA